AUGGGAGUUUUGUCUGAUCCGAUUUAUCGACCAUUAUCAAUUACUUUCAUUGAAUAUCAAGAAGGAGAUAAAAUUGGUUUUGCUUUGGCAUGGUUUUCAAUGUUACCAUUUAUUUAUAUUGUUUCUCUAUGCACAUUAAUUGUAUUUCGACGUGAUAUACAAACGAUUAUGUAUUUCGGUGGUUUUUGUGUAUCGGAAGUGUGUAAUUAUUCUCUUAAAAGAUUUUUUAAACAAGCACGACCUGAAAGAACUCGAGAUCGGAUGGGUUUAUAUGAAGUUCAUGGUAUGCCAAGUGAUCAUUCUCAAACAUUCUUUUAUUUUAUGACAUAUUUAGCUAUAUUUAUUAUUCUUAAAUCUCAAAUGCCUGGUACACCACGUAUUCGUUCAUUACGCAAUCGUUUUCUUGUUUUUUCACAACUUAACGUUGCUGCUCUAGUCGCAUAUAGCCGAGUAUAUCUUCAUUAUCAUACUAUUGCACAAGUUGUUGCUGGUGCAUUUGUUGGAACAGCAUUAGGUUGUGUCUGGUAUUAUUUUGUCAAUUAUUAUUUUACAAAAUAUGUUCCAUUUAUAAUUGAACAUCCAUUUGGAAAAUAUUUUCUUAUUCGUGAUUAUGCACCAAUACCUCGUCUUAUUCAUUUUCAAUAUGAAAAUGAAUAUGCUGAAGCUAAACGUUGGCGAGAAAGACGCAUGAAUCAUACAAAAGAUCAAGUAUCAUCAUCUGAAUAA